AACGUUCAAAAAAAUUUUGACGGGGAUGACGGCCGUUACGAAAAGAAAAAUAAGAAGCCAACUGUCGCGUCUUGUCUUAGUUCUAAACAAACGAGAGUGCGGUUUAUUUAUAUAACAUUUUAUUUCCUCAGUGCGCAAAAUGUUCAUUCAUUUAUCGCGUUACUUCAACAUCAGAUACGCAUCGGCCUUUCGGUCCAUUAGUAGUGGUCGCUUUCUGUUGGUACCUCCUCGCGACGGUGAUGGAAAUCCUCCCAUGAUCGAUUUAGAAGACAAAUCGAUUCCAAUUCCUAUCUACAAAGAAAAGCAAAAUGAACCGCUUCAGCUGCAAAAAUCUAGAUUGCUGUACCAAUCCCGCAAACGCGGAAUGCUCGAAAAUGGGUUGCUUCUAAGUACUUUUGCAGCUAAAUAUCUAGAUUCGAUGAACGCUCAACAGACGAAGUUGUAUGACAGUCUUAUUAACACACCUAGCAACGAUUGGGAUAUAUUCUACUGGGCCACCGGUGUUAAACCGACUCCACCAGAAUACGAUAACGAAAUCAUGACGAUGCUUAAAGAUCACGUAAAAAAUAGCAACCGUGAACAGAGGUAUCAUCAGCCCAAUUUAAACUAACCCUUAUCUUUCUUAAUAGAAAAUUAAAAUGGUUUUAACAUUGUAAUAUAUUCUAUUUAACUUCA